AUGACAGAAACAAUUCUCAAUUCUCAAUCUUUCACGACUGGAAGUGGCACGCAAACGCAUUAUACCACGUGCGGAAAUUCGUCUGGCCAGCUGCUAAUCCCUCUUCACAGUCUUGGUGGCUCAAGCAAGACAUUUGAACCUUUGCUUCCCAAGCUCCCACUUGCUCGAUAUCGAGUGAUAAGCGUGGACUUUGAAGGCUUCGGCAAAACUCCAGUCACUUCGAAGCCAGCAUCAGUCGCUCGAUAUGUCUCCGACCUGGACGAUCUCAUCACGCAUCUUCAAAGAUCUUCACCCGAGACCUCAUCCUCCAAGCCAGUCGUCAUCAUCGGCCACAGUCUCGGCUCAAUUAUCGCCCUCCACUACACAGCCAAGAAACCAGACAACGUCGCCGGUCUUGGUCUCCUCGGUGUCGGGCGCUCGGCUUCCCAUAUCGAAGCAGCGCGAGAGAGGAUGUUAGGAAUGGCGGAGAGGGCGAGAUGCGAAGGUAUCGAGCCGCUGGCCGAGUUGGCAAUGACGACGAAUUUUCCUGAAGAUGCGCCACAAGACAUUCGUUCAAAAGUCAGAAUGGCUGUUGCAUCGAGCGAUCCGGAAGGAUAUGCGAAGACAUGCGAGGCGAUGGCGAGUCCAGCGCAUGUGGACCCAGUGUACGGCAGAAUAUUGUGCCCAAGUGUCUUCGUCACUGGCGACAAGGACACGAUCAGUCCACCAACCACGGCGAAGGAGGUCAGUAAGUUGUUAGGCGGAAGUUCAAAAGUAGAGAUCGUAAAAGGCGGCCAUCAACCAAUCCUUAGUGACCUUGACGGUACUGCAGCAGCGUUGGAGUGGCUCUUCGAAAGAAUUUGA